CAGGGAUCGUUUCAAAGCACACAAAAAUCAGGCCCCGGUUAUGCGAGGGCAAAACAGAAUGUCAUCCACAUCCUCGAACGCCCGAAACACCACCAAAGUCAUUAUCCUCUCGUACAUGCGCAGUGGGUCCAGCCUGUUGGGAGAACUCUUCAAUACAAACGACGAUGCUCUUUACGUGUUCGAACCUUUGUGGUACCUUUGCGUUAAAGCUGUUCCGGCAUAUGAACAACUUGUGUACUUGAAUGGAACCGUACGGUACCCGGAUACGUCAUGUCAGGAUCUUGGGAGAAACAUUUUAGAAUCAUUCCUAACAUGCGACAUAGAGAAUAUUGACGUAGGAACAUUGUCAGCUGCAUGGCAUUUAGAAAAAUCCCUCAAACUCCAAAAACUGGCAUCGUGCGGACCAAAACCUACUUGUAUCAAAGAUCUGGUUCGUACCUGUCAAAAAACAGCUGUCAGAGCCGCCAAAAUCAUUAGGGUGAGACUGUCCGAUCUGAAGCCAUUGCUGGUGAAGUACCCAGAAUUAAAGGUGAUACAUCUGGUCCGAGAUCCGCGAGGAAUCCUGCAUUCACGGAUUGAAAUAAAGGAGUAUUAUCGGCUAAACCCGCUCGUCACCGCUGAGGAAAUCUGUGGCAACAUGAAGAGAGACUCUGAAACUUUCAAACAAUUCCGGGUUUUCUUUCCAGGUAGAGUGUUUCAGCUCCGAUAUGAAGACUUCAGCUCCGAACCACUGUUGUACACUGAACAAAUAUUUAAGUUUCUUAAUCUGUCUGUCCCUGCGAGGACGAAGGCCUGGGUGGUUGAAAACACUCAUCGGCAAACUAACGGAGCCUUCGACACGUCCAGGAACGAUUCUCUGAAGACCGCCUAUAGAUGGCGCCACCUGAUUCCAAUGCAAACCGUGGAGGCCAUGAUUGGACCGUGUAAAACGGCUUACGACGAACUGCUGUAUGUGGAUAAGAUGUCGGAGAGGGAACUCAGGGAUAAAAAUUUUCCCUUAAGAUUAGAAAUGUGUUCGGAUAACAUGCCUGCUGUAUCUACAACCAGAGCUAUGCGGUGGAGCCCUGCCUGGAGAUUGCUACAUGUUUCAAAGAUUUCCACCCGCCUGAUGACUAUUUUGAUAUCACGGGCCUGGCUCUACCUGGUGACCGUGCUUACCCUGGGAGCAGUUCUGACUUACCUGUUUACAGUACACUGCCGUCAGCCAUUAUUGCCUGUCAUACCGAGUCAGUCUUCCCAAGAAUCCCUUUCCGUGACGACACCACGGAAUGUCCCGAAAAUCGACACCGAAGACAGCGCCAAGAAAGUGAUCAUACUCUCGUACAUGCGCAGUGGAACUUCUCUUAUGGGGAAACUUUUUGACGAAAAUGACGAGGCCCUUUAUAUAUUUGAACCUAUGUGGUACCUCUGUAUUGUGGCCGUUCCUGGGUUCAGGCAAAUCCAGUUCUUAAAUGGUACAAAAUGGCAUCCACCGCCAUCUUGCUCCUCUAUAGGACUCCGAGAAGUAGAAUCCUACUUAACUUGUGAUGUCCGGGAGAUCACUACAGGGUCCCUCUCACAGUUCUGGAUGCAGAAUGCCCGAAGAACCAACACAUUCUACCGCUGUGGACUGAAACCUGACUGCAUUGAGGCGUUUGCCGCCGACUGUAAGCAGGCACCGUUAAGAGCCGUCAAAGUAAUCAACCUGAGAGUCGAUCACGUCACAGGUUUACUCGACAAGUACUCUAAUUUGCGGAUUAUCCACUUGGUUCGCGAUCCCCGCGGGAUGAUCCAGUCGCGGAUACCGAUGAAGGAGUAUUAUUACUAUAGCCCUACAAUUACAGCCUCCAGCCUAUGUGGUGACAUGCUACGAGACGUUCGCGCUUUCCACAGGCUGUCCAGGCUGUAUCCACAACAACUAUUACAGAUCCGCUACGAGGAUUUCGCAGAAUCUCCCCUGCAAUAUACCGAAAAGAUUUACCAUUUUCUAGGCUUCGCUCUGCCUGGCAAAGUGAAAAAAUGGGUGCAGGAAAAUACCCAUGCGCAAGCGCAAGACUCCUCGGGCCUUGGCACGGCGCGUGCGAAUUCCAGUGAGACGGCAUACAAAUGGCGGAAGAGCAUUGCGUGGGACUUGACGCUGGCGAUGGACGACAUGUGUAAACGAGUUUAUAAGGCCCUAGGUUAUGUUGAAGCGAAAUCGGAGAAGAUGUUGAGGAACUGGGAUACACCUCUGAAAGUGCCUUUGAAUCAGCACACAAAACAUCGGAAUUAAUUACAUGUAUAAUUUUUAUUUUGAUACCAAACCACAUUGAAGGAUUAAAGGGUCUUUAUUCUGUUUACGUGUGGUGCAGA